AUGGACGCCAUCCUGGGCUAUGGUGCGGUUGUACCUAAUGGUUACGGUGCAGCCUAUAAUCCACAUCAGGACUACAUAGUAGUUGUUAUUUCUUGUUGGAAGACUAACCCGGAAUAUAAUGCAUCCCAAUUUGGUGAAAUGCUCGCGAAAGCAUUCACAGAGAUGAAAGAACUAGUCAACUCCAAUCCCGAGCUGGCGAAAGCACCAUCACCGGAACCCGUCGAAUGGAGCAUAGCAAAGUCACUUGGUGCGGAUGUGAGCGGAGCCAGUGGAGUGUGA